ACUUGAUGGUGCAUCAAACUGUUCAUCUUAAAAUUUUUCUAUGUGAGGAAUGAGCACACAAACAAGAGAAAAACAAUAAAAAUGUCACUGUUUCUUUGAUUGUAAACCACUGCCACACCUUCUUCUCCUUGUCCGAUAUUCAAAGGUCUAUAGUGUCCAAGAUCCCAAGAAGCUACUUGUUAAUCUUGAGAUUAUCCUGGUUAUCAGAAAAAUCGGCUUGGGGGGUUCUUCUCAUAAUGGCAAGAACUAUAAAAUCUUGCAUGCAAUCAAUCCUGAAAGGUGUGAAUUUGAUAAUGGCAAUGGUGGGGGUUGCUAUGAUUUUAUAUGGUUUUUGGAUGGUAAGAGUUUGGCAGAGAGACAUGGGAGGUUCAUCAUUUGAUGACUUUAACUCUACUGCUCCAUGGUUUAUAUACACUUUUCUGGGCACAGGCGUCACCUUAUGCUGCCUAACAUGCCUAGGUCAUACUGCUGCAGACAGCGCGAAUGGUUUUUGCCUUUUCUGUUAUAUGGUGAUCAUCUCUGUGCUUCUCCUGGUAGAGACUGGAAUUGCAGCUGAUAUACUUUUAAAUUCUGACUGGGAGAAGGAUUUACCUGAAGAUCCAACGGGGAGGUUCCAUAAUUUCAAAGAAUUUGUGCAAUCUAACAUUGACAUCUUCAAAUGGAUUGGCCUGCUUAUCAUCUUAGGACAGGGACUUUCGGUACUAUUAGCCAUGGCCCUCAGAGCCCUUGGCCCCAAUCAAUGCUCCAUCUAUGAUAGUGAUGAAGAAUUCCCUCCAACCAGGCUUCCCCUCAUAAAUAACCAUGCUCAACAUCCUGGUUAUGUCAUUGGAGAUUAUCCCUUUACUAACAAGAAUGAAGCUUGGAAUACGAAUAAGUGAAAAGGGUAGCAGCAAUUUUCUGUAUCAUUCGCAAGACAUCAGAAAAGCAGAACACACCAUGCAAGCACAACCAAGUUAG